AUGCAGUUGUCGCGUACAGCCUACCGCGCCGCCCUCUUUCACCUCAGCGUGAACCCUCUCCUCGCCCGCGCCUCCAUCCCCAGCGCCUGGUCCCUCAGCGCCUCCAGUUUCGCCCAGCAACCACAAUCCUGUGGAACCUCCUCCCGACUCUACAGCAUCCUCUUCUCCCAGUGCGCACCGGGCAACAAAACCCUCGAAUCAAUUCGGCACUCUCACACGAUGUCCUCCUCCACUCCUCCUACAGACGCCACCCCUGCCAAACAAGAGACCGGCGAAGCCCAGUCACAAGAAAACAUACAACCCGAGGCCUCUAAAGAACAACUCUAUCUUCCCUCAACCGAGUCGUCUAAUAGCGAUGGACAGUCGAAACAAAUUCGACUUGACCUCGGUGCCGAUGGAGGUGUUACCCUGGAUCACCUUGGCCCUAUGGUUGUCAAUGUUGAUGGGUCAUUGUCGCGGAUCGGCAAUUGGGAGCAGAUGGCGGAGAUUGAGCGCAAGAAUACGUUGCGCAUCAUCGGGAAACGGAAUAAGCAGCGCUUGGAGAAGUUGAGGGCUGCUGAGGCGGCUGGGGAGCAAACGUAA